GGGCAGCCGCCGCCGGCGUCGUGCGAGCUGUGUAAGAGGGGUCGCGCGCGCGCGCGCGCGCGCACGCCAGGCGAGCGAGGGAGCGAGGAGUGGCUGGGUGUGAGGGUGUGAGUGUGUGAGUGUGUGUGUGGGAACGAGUGUGUGUGGGAACGAGUGUGUGUGGGAGUUGGGGUGAGGGCGACCCAGAGCGACCGCGACGCAGUGAGAAAGUGGGCGAGGGUGUGAGGGCCCCGGCCUGGCUCCGGGAGUUGCGGUGGCGGAGAAAAGAGGCGGCUCCCGGCAUCCCGACCCCAUCCCCCUUCUCCUCGGACCUUCAGCCCGCCCAGCAGCCCGCGCUUCCCUCGGAGGCCCCAACCCGGCUCCCUUGCCGAGAUCGAGGGAGUAACCGUCCGAGCCAGGUGCUGGAGUCUGCUUGUCAGGGAGGGGGGCAGUCUGUGAUUCUGAGAACAGAGAGCCAAGAAGGGGAACAGCAAAUUCAGUCACAUACCAUCCUCCACUCAGUCAAGAGCCACUUUUUUCUUCCCGCCUUUCCCCCUGCAGGGGAGGGAAAUUAUCAGCAACAUCUUACGGUAAAUCCUCUUAUCCCUUCUCAGCAAAAUUGUGAAGAAACACACUAAAGUGGACAUUCUUUUUUCCUCUGACCAAUGAACACCAACCAAGCUUCAGGCAUUAGUUUGUUGGGGCACAGGAUGAAUCAAAUCGUUUAAAAUACCUCCCAAUUCUUCCUUUGCCCAAUUUGUAUCCACCUGGGAUUUGCUACUGGGGUAUUAGAGACCUAAACUGAGUGAAAAUGGGUGGAGGAAGAACUUCUAUACCCACGAACAACAUGUGAAGAGUGAGAGAAAACCAAACAUAAAGUAAGGAGGAAAAAGUUUGCCUUCAGGAGGAAAUAAUCAGAAAAAGGAAGAAUAAGAUCAAGAUGUGUAGCUCUGUGGCUGCCAAAUUGUGGUUUUUGACAGAUCGACGAAUCAGGGAAGACUAUCCCCAAAAAGAGAUUUUACGAGCACUAAAGGCCAAGUGUUGUGAGGAGGAACUGGACUUUAGGGCUGUGGUGAUGGAUGAGGUUGUGCUGACAAUUGAGCAAGGAAACUUGGGUCUUCGGAUCAAUGGAGAACUAAUUACUGCCUACCCCCAGGUGGUGGUAGUGAGAGUACCAACCCCUUGGGUACAAAGUGACAGUGACAUCACUGUUUUGCGCCACCUGGAGAAGAUGGGAUGCCGGUUGAUGAACCGACCUCAAGCCAUCCUGAACUGUGUUAAUAAGUUCUGGACAUUUCAAGAGUUGGCUGGCCAUGGUGUUCCUCUGCCAGAUACUUUCUCUUAUGGUGGUCAUGAAAAUUUUUCUAAAAUGAUUGAUGAAGCAGAAGUACUGGAGUUCCCAAUGGUAGUGAAGAAUACACGAGGUCAUAGAGGCAAGGCUGUUUUCUUGGCUCGAGAUAAGCACCAUUUGGCUGAUCUAAGCCAUCUUAUUCGCCAUGAAGCUCCAUACCUGUUCCAGAAGUAUGUUAAAGAGUCUCAUGGACGGGAUGUACGUGUCAUUGUUGUGGGAGGCCGUGUGGUUGGCACCAUGUUACGCUGUUCAACAGACGGGAGGAUGCAAAGCAACUGCUCACUAGGUGGUGUGGGGAUGAUGUGCUCAUUGAGUGAACAAGGGAAGCAGCUAGCUAUCCAGGUGUCUAAUAUCCUGGGGAUGGAUGUGUGUGGCAUUGACCUGUUGAUGAAAGAUGACGGCUCCUUCUGUGUCUGCGAGGCCAAUGCAAAUGUAGGUUUCAUCGCCUUUGAUAAGGCUUGUAAUCUAGAUGUAGCUGGUAUCAUAGCGGACUAUGCCGCCUCCCUUCUGCCCUCUGGCCGGCUCACCCGGCGUAUGUCCCUGCUCUCCGUGGUGUCCACGGCCAGUGAGACUAGUGAGCCGGAGCUGGGUCCCCCAGCCACCACUGCUGUCGACAACAUGAGCGCAAGUUCCAGCUCUGUUGACAGCGACCCUGAAAGCACGGAGCGAGAACUGCUCACCAAGCUCCCAGGGGGCCUAUUCAACAUGAACCAGCUGCUAGCCAAUGAAAUUGAACUCCUGGUGGAGUGACUCCACUGGUAAAUAAUUAACCAACAAAACCCUUGUAAAACUUUCUUUUUCUUUUUUUUUUCCUUUAUUAUUUUUAACCAACUUGCAAUGCUGUUCAUGGAAUAUGCUCAGGAAAAUGAGACAAAAAUGAGUACGAUUAGUUAGAAGAGAAGAAGAGGGAGGUAGACAAGACCUCUGCUAUUAAGAUGUUACUGACUUUCAUUUACACAUUACACAUAUAGGCUAGGCACCAGAGGUGAGAUUCAGAGAAAUGUCAGGUUCUUGUAGUCACCCUUUUAAUUAUUCAAAAAUGUGUGUGCUCUCAGUCCAUAAAGAACAUACAGAAUUUUUUCAUGGUUCCUUGCUUUUGUUUUUGUCCAGUUGGUACCAGUUUCAGAGUAGCAAACUUUACAUUGUGUGGCAAAGAUUUAUAAUAGGUGAGGGAAACAUCUAUUUAAAUUACAGACAUUUUUUUAUACAAAUCUGAAAAUUCUGCCUUUAACGUAUUAACUACCAGCUGUAUAUUCAUAGUUUAUGAAGUCUUAAUGGGCUCAUCCUGGGAUUUAUUAUUUCUGUUUUUAGUUUUUCCUUUAAUUUGGGUGGGAGGGCAUUGUGAAUAUGACCCAAUAAAGGUUUUUUUUGUUUCUUUUUUAAUGACAAAAUUGGCAUGUUUGCAUGAUAAAAGGGAAAUGAACAGUAUUGCAAUGUCUGGUACACAAAAUAACAUUUACUCCAAUGUAGAUAAAAUUACACUAGUUUAAAAUAUGUGCAUUGACUUGUAUUUGUUAGUGUUUUGGUCUUUUUUGAAAAGAUAAUAUGCUCUGUUAAUGUUGCAUUUUUUUUUAAACAUGCUAGUCUAACAUUCCCUGAUCUAUGCCUGCAUCUUAAACAAUGGCCAAAGUGAAGAAAAUGCUACCCUUUUUUGUUAACAAGAAACUGACUUGAAAUGUGCAAAGCCUUUUUUUUUCCCUUCCCCAUUUUUCUUUUGGUAGUUGGGCAUUUAGAGAAUAAGGACAAGGGAAAAUAUUCUUCAGGGGCAAAUCAAUGACCUAUAAGUUCUUAAACAUAAGCUGAAGUGAUUUCUAACCCCAGCAUUAUAUAUUUGCAUUUUUCACAUUUUAAGAGGGAGUAUAUAUAUAUGUGUGUGUGUGCACGCAAGCAUGUGUAUGUGUUUUGCUUUUUGUUUACACCAACCAGUCAAAAAGGAUAGAUUCUAGAAAAUGGAGCAUGAUGGGAUAUACUUUUUUUUACUUCAAAGUGAUUAGUUGCUUUCAUAACUACACUCCAUUGGGAUAGAGAUACUCACCUGAAGACAUAAGGAAAAUAGAUGCUUCUUAGGCUUUUUUGUGUAUAUGUUGUUUGGGUUUUUUUCUGUGUCGAGACUGUUCAGUGUAUGAUUUAUUCAAGCCUUCAUGCUUUUCUUCAAUGCUUCUGAUGGUGCAUUUCCAACUAUUACACGUAGGUUUUAGGGUGGGAUAGACUGGGCGUUUUUGUUUGGGGACUUAGCAAUACUGAGUCUCUUACAGCCCUACUCUGAAGCUUUCAGUGCUCUCCACCAUUUAUAUUCCUUUACUUUCUGGAUUUAUAAAAGCCCAAAAACUGCAUAUAAGAUGAGCCUUUACAGCAUGGUUAUAACUAUCCCAGUGAUGGUUUGGAAGGUGUAUUAAGAAAUGGAGAUGCUCCAGAGCUCAACGUAAUAUUUUUUUUUUUUAAACAGCAAGUUCCAUCUCCCUACAAUCCUCUGAAGCUUUUACCCAAGCCCUUUCUUGCCUCUCCAGUGCUUUUUUUCCUUCAGAUGGACCUUAAACUUAAUUUCUUGGACACUACUAGAGAGACUUCGAGGCAAUAAUAAAGCUCAGUAUUAACCAGCUCUAACAGAGGUUUGAUCAUGCUUACUUGUACAGUUUUCCCCCUGUUUUAAAGGAAUGUAAUAAAAUUUGUUUUUUCCCCAUAGAAUUAAAUAAUAUUAAAUUGAGUGCAAGGUUCAUUGUUGACAAAUAGAGUAGUACUUCUAAUCUGUGCAGUGUUUCAUUUCACCUGAGAAAAAGAUACGUAAGAGGAGUUUCUAAUUUAGGAUAUUUGAAUCUCAUUUAAAAGAAUUUGACUUGCACAGGGUUAUUGUGGGAUUUACAUACGUAAGUACCGCUGACUCAUUAAUAGAAAGAUUUGGUACUUCUCUCAUUGAAUGACCAUACUGUGGAGGGUGUAUAGUAUUUGGGAUAGAGAAAUAAAUAAGGGAGAAAGAACUGCCUAACUAAAUCAUCAUUCAUAUGUUUCUGUAGAGACCACCUGGUUGCUACCUAAAUUAUGUUACAUAUACUCUGAAUAGUUGUAUUUAGAUUAAUGAAUUUGGAAACACAAAUAGAAUACCUCCUCUAUUUGAUGAAGAACUCAAGGUUUGUGUUGGGUGGGAUAGGCACCAGGAAGAAUGUAGGUAACCUUUUAAAAAUUUUUACCAAAUUAACCAGUUAUAAGAAAUAUCAGAUUAUUUCACCUUUAGUUUUAUUCACUAUGCAUCAUUUGUAUGUUCACAUUAUAUUAAAACAUAGCUUUGCCAACCUAUUUCUGGAUCACACAAUCAAACGUUAGAGUGAAAAGGAAGAUAUGGUCAUCUUAGACUUUAAAAACAUGAAUAUCUGCUUGAAUUCCUUUAAAAAUUAAGGUAAAGAAUAUGAACAAAUUGUUCUGAAAGAACUCAAAUAAAACAGUCCAGAUAUUGAAGUGAAAGUUAAAUAU